UUUAUCCAGUGCGCUUGUUAUGGUACCGCUCUCUUUUCCUUCCUCUGGGUGCCCUGGUGGCUUAAAUCUUUGUUAUGGUCCUGGUCGAUCUCGGGACCGUCCAACCAGUGCAACACCCAAGAGCUGACCGCCAACAACACAGUUUGACCACCCAACGGGCUCUCGCUCUCCUGCUCCAGCUGCCGGCCUUGUGAACAAAAACCACCAAAACACCCAACAAUCCCAGAGCCCCGGGAUCAACACUCGACAGGCCUGGCUCCUCGCUUAUUGUGUAUUCCCCUGUCCUCGCCAUGGAUCCCCUAAAACACGGCGACUCGUUCUCCUCCGAACCGCUUCUUCCCACCGUUGCCCCGGGGAAGACGGUCUCCGGGACACAGCCAAACUCGCACAUCCGGCAACGCCCAGCGCCGGUCGGCAGAAUGGCAUAUGUUGGGCGAGCAAUUCUAGUUCUGCUAUUGUGUAUGCUGGUGCUUUUCGGAGCUGCCUCGGUUCGGUCUUCAUGGAUGCCUUGCCACCUAGGCGCGACGGGCUCUCAGACAGGGGCCGGCCGCCCAGAACUGCUUCCCUCCCCGGCAUCUCUUCCCGACCCGGACCGCUUUCAGGAUGGAGUGCGGGCGUCCAAACCACCAACAGUUGAGGUCGUCCAAGAAGUGGAUGCGACGCUGGCGAGUUCUACCUUGCAGCUCGCGAGGCGCGAAGGUGUCAACUCGACCACCGCGAGCGUUAGCUCAUCACCAACCGGGACUGAGAGUUCCUCAACUCCCCCUGUUGACACUACACCUUCCUCAACCGUUCCGCCCUCGAGCGCCAGUUCGACGAUUUCGAGCCCGUCGCCAACUAGCUCCAGCAGCGUGCCACCGGUCACCAACCCUAGCAGCAGCUCGAGCACCACCACAACCACCGCUCCUUCUUCGUCCUCUCCACCUGCCACAAGCUCGACAACCUCCGCCGUCAUCCCGACAACGACGCCACCGACGCACACCUCCAAGACGGUCGUCGAGACCUUCACGAGCACUUCGCCCAACGGAGUGGUCGUCACCGUCACCUCGACGGCCUUCGUGGCGGCCGACAGCAGCGAAACAGCCGCGCCCAGCUCGACGAACAGCCCAUCCCUUCAGAACGCCGCCGACGGCCACCGCCGCAGCGGUUCGAUCCUGGCCGGGGCGGUGGGCCUCACGGCGCUCCUGCUCGUGGUGUAAGCCAUCACGACGGAAAAAAAGGGGAUGGAACCAGAGGAAGAUCACCCAGAGAGGCGGCUGUCUUUGCAUCUGAGCGGAGAUCCUUGUCGUGUCGCUCAUUUCUUUAUUGUGUCUUUCUGGUCCAGUCUGUUUUCUCUGCAUUGCGCGGGGUUUUGGUGCGGGCUCUCUGCAUUUUUUGCAUUCGUUAGCGGGGGAACACACAAGGACGGGUAGUGUCUCUCAUAGUUCACACAUCACGGGGUAUGGGAACCCCCGUUCACAUAUCGGGAUUGGGAUUAUGACCACGAUGUGACACUCUUUUGCUAUUUUGGGAGGAAAAGGCGGAAAGCUUGGGAUAGACACAGCUGGGCGGCCACCAGCCGAGGAUACAUGAGGGUACAUAGACGGAAGGCCACGCAAGGGCCGGACUAAUAGAACGCUUAAUAC